ACACGCCCUCCAUCGGUUGCUUUCUCUCCCCCCUCUCACUCUGUUGGAUUGACGACGGAAGAAGGAGAAGAGGAAGAGAUCGCCAAAUUCUUCGCUCACUGAAACGAAAAGCUUAUUGGAUCGAUUUUUGUUAUUCUUUUUCUUGGAUUUUUAUUGGUUGCCUAAUUGCCUUUUCAGCUGAUUGCAGGGUUCUUAGGGUUUCUUCUUCCUCGGUUUUGAUAUCUUUAUAAAUUUCCAUUUUUUAGGUUUUUCUUGGAUUCACUAAUACUAUGGAUGCAGGAAGUUUUUCGUCGUCUUCUUAUUCUUCAGGGAAAGUUCGAUCGCCGUCUCGUGCACCCCUCCAAGAUGUUCCGUCCUCCAGACCGUACUUGCCUUCCAUGCGUACAUUCUCUCGGAAUCCAUCUUCCAGGAACAACGGUGACAGAUUCAUACCCAACAGAUCAGCGAUGGACAUGGAUAUGGCAUACUACCUGCUAACAGAGACGAAGAAAGAGAAGGGGAAUGCGUUGCCAGCUUCCCCAUCCAAAGAGGCCUACAGGAAACUUCUUGCUGAGAAUUUUCUUAAUAACAGAACAAGAAUUCUUGCUUUUAACAGCAAACCACCAGCACCAUCUCAGCCUUUGUUUCAAGAAGCGGAUGUGGUUUCUACUCGCAGUGUAAAGCCUGCGAAGCAACGCAGACACAUUCCCCAAUCAGCAGAGAGAACUCUUGAUGCGCCAGAUAUCGUGGAUGACUACUACCUGAAUCUGCUAGAUUGGGGAAGCAGUAACGUGCUCUCUAUAGCCCUCGGGAAUACUGUGUACCUGUGGGAUGCUUCGAAUGGGGCUACUUCAGAGCUUGUGACUUUAGACGAAGACUCUGGCCCUGUCACCAGCGUUAGCUGGGCUCCUGACGGGCGACAUCUUGCUGUUGGAUUGAAUUCCUCAGACAUUCAGCUGUGGGACUCAACCUCAAAUCGUCUGCUGAGGACUCUGAAAGGAAUGGAUGGAACAACAGGAGGAGCAAGAGUGGGAUCUCUGGCAUGGAAUAACAGUAUUCUAACUUCAGGAGGGAUGGACGGCAAGAUAAUUAACAAUGAUGUGAGAAUCAGAAACCAUGUCGUACAAACAUAUCGUGGCCACCAACAGGAGGUGUGCGGGUUGAAGUGGUCUGGAUCAGGUCAGCAAUUAGCCAGCGGAGGCAAUGACAAUCUUCUACACAUAUGGGACAUAUCCAUGGCGUCUGCUAAUCCAUCGCCAGGGCAAAACCAGUGGCUUCAUAGAUUCAAUGAUCACAUGGCCGCAGUAAAAGCCCUCGCAUGGUGCCCGUUUCAAAGCAAUUUGCUUGCAUCCGGUGGUGGUGGAAUGGAUAGGAGCAUCAAGUUCUGGAACACUCACACCGGUGCCUGUCUGAACUCGAUCGACACAGGGUCUCAAGUCUGUGCACUCCUCUGGAACAAGAACGAGCGCGAACUUCUCAGCUCUCAUGGAUUUACUCAGAACCAACUCACCUUGUGGAAGUACCCUUCCAUGGUGAAAAUUGCCGAGCUCACUGGUCAUACUUCCCGAGUCUUGUUCAUGGCUCAGAGUCCGGAUGGGUGUACUGUUGCGUCUGCAGCUGGAGAUGAAACUCUUAGAUUUUGGAAUGUAUUUGGAUCACCUGAAGCGCCAAAGCCUGCUGCCGCCAAGUCCACUGGACCGUUUGGCGGUUUUAAUCACAUACGUUAAAUGGCGAUGGAAAAUGAACUUCACAUACUGUCUGCUUCUGCUGUGGAGCAACUCUUCUUGAAUUGAAAAAGAAACACAGUGGACAAGAAGCUGUGAAUGAGAAUCACCGUGGAUUUGUAAAAUCGCUUUUACAAACUGGAAAUGGACAAUGUAAAAAACCGAUGACAUGGUGAAAGUGUCUUCUGCGACACCUGAUGGGAAGAUUCAAUUGCCUGUACACAGACAGUACCCAACGUGACUCAAUGGGGUUGCCACACGUGCAUCACCAUGGAUUUGUAAAAUCUCUUUUACAAACUAGAAAUGGACGGUUGACAUGGUGAAAAUGUCUUUUGCGGCACCUGUGGAUGGGAAGAUUCAAUCCUGCCUGUACAGACAGUGCCCCCAACGUGACUCAAGGGGGUUGCCACAUGUGCAUCCCGGAUGGACUUUCCUCCUUUAAAUCACGUUGAGACACUAUCUGAAGUAGGAUCAAAUCUAUAUAAGUAGGAUCAAAAGGAUUGCCCUCUUUUGUGUCUAAAGAAAAAGAAGAAAUCUAAAAUGUAAAUCCGCUACAUUAACAAUUUCUUAAUGCCGACCCAUGAAUAUGGAGAAAGGUGCAGAUGGAUACAGAUAAUCAGAUGUCAGGCCCAUGAUUAAAAAAUCUAAAAGUUUUGAUGUUGGUUGUCUCAUUAAAUUGUCUCAUUCUCUGAUUUCCAUCCCUAAUUUUUCAUUCAUUCAUUCAUAUAGUAUAAAUCCUGUUUCUCCCACGUCAAAA